UAGUUCUUUUUGGAAAUACACGUUAAAUAGUGGGGCAAAGUAAUUUUCAAUUCAAGAUUAAAAAUUAGCAGACCGCAUACCAAAGCUGGUAGGUUUAAAUAGCCAUGAUUUUAAACCAGUAUUCGAUUUGCAGCUGUGACGUGCACGUUUAUUCUGCUUCUUCUGGACUGUACUAUAAAUUAACAGGCAUAUUAAAGUUUUUAGUAUAUAUUUCACAUAUUAAAGUCUCCUCUGUUAUCCGAAAACUUACUAUAACGUGCAAUAAAUAUUUUUCUUACACUAUGAAAAAUCGUUUUAAUUUUGUGAUUACGGCAGUCGUCGCUAUUGUUGUUUUCGUGUCUUUGGCCAACGCAAAGUAUGUCUUGCAAAAUUCGGUUUCCGAUAAUCAGUCGAGGUCGUCUAAAUCCAGUGGAAAACAGUUGUCCGACACAAGUUUUCCUAUAUCUCGUAUUGAAGCCGUAGAAAAGUCCACGACUGAUGCUACAGCACAUACCACUUUGCCCAUGUCUCCAAUGAACACCACUACAGUCACGUCUGUGAAAAUCACUAACGUUAAUGCGACAAAGUUCACCGAAGAAAUUUCUAAACCCACUACCGCCGCCUACAUGACGUCUAUCGAGGAAACGACCAUGAUACAGGCGACGACAAUAGCUAAUGUAGAAAUAGUAACUGAAAACCAGACACCUAUAAAUCAAACAACCGAAGGUGAACUUUUGACCACGAGGUUCAUGAUCAAUCCCAGAACUAAGAAGUGUUCGACUGGAGAAACUGAAAAUACAAAUGGAGGAUGUUCACCAAGUUUCUAAAAAGUUAGUCCAAUAUGUCAAAAAAUCUUUCCCCGCAUUGGAAUAAUAUUUAUUAUUAAAUGUCUAAUAACUUCAAUUUAAUUUAAUAUUAUGUUAAUCUAUAUGUACUUCCUUGUCUGCUACCAGUGAUAGGUAUAAUGUAUUUAAAACUAUUGCAAAAUUUUUUUCAUUGGUAUGAUUUUUGAAUAUCAAAAAUUAUAACAGAUUUAUGUUA